UUUAUCAGUGAAGUUGGAAGACAGUGGAGAUGAAAUGCUAUUUCGUGCACGGGCGUAAUUCAUCUUUCAUUUUAGGCGCUCUUUAACUGUUGAUUUUAUAUAAUUAUUGUGUACGAAUCAACACCUCUCUAAACAUCCUGGAUAAAAUCUAGCGAGCUGAAUGCUGCGCACCGUGUGGGGGGAAACUUCACAUCCUGGUGUUGGGUGGUUAGCUUGCUAGCCAUUCUGCAUCGAUUUCACAAACGCUGAUCGUUGCACUAAGUGUGAAUUUGGGGUUUGCAAGAUAUUGGCGCUUGUCGUUUGAUAAGAUCUGCUGCCUCAGCUGUGAUGUUCCACCUGUAACAGCAUCGCGCCCAGUUGAAGAUGUGGCGCCUAGUCGGUACUUUUGUCUGUAGAUAGGAGACAUUGCAAACCACCGUGAAGUGGCAGCUUUUUGUUUACGUUGUCUGCUGUAUCGACAAAAAGCUGAAAGCAAAGCGACCAAUACUCGCCAGGAUGUCCGAGGUGAUAAUAACAUUUCAGUCUCAGCUAUCCGGCGUGAUGGAGACUGUUUUUAAGGCUGCCAUGUUUGAAAUUACAAGGUUGGUAGAGGACAGCUUUCUAGAGGAAGUGUCUCGAAGCAGAGAACAAGUCGAGUCGCUAAAGAAGCGACUACAACUGUUUGAGAAUAGACGUAAAGACCGCGACAACCCACGCCGAACACGGUGUGUAAACUGUGGAAAGGCAGAUGGUACCUCCGAGAACCCUGUAGACAGGAGUGGAGAGACACAGUCGAAUAGAGGCAGUGGGCUGAAGCAAGAGAAAAGCCAUGAGGAUGGCUGGAACAGCUGUAGCAACACUGAGGAAGAUUCCUUCAAUGCGAUUCAGCCAGAAACAGCAGCAGGUUCAACUUCUGGGGAUGUGGAUAUUACUACGGGAAGAGUAAAGGAAUACUCGCAGCGGAAAGAGGAAACUUUGCGAAAUGUGCAGGAGCACUCAGACAAGUGGAGUAUGUGUAUGGAAGCAGAGGGAGAGCUGUUCCACUCAUCUUCAAGUAAGUGUGUCAGCGGUGAGGAACUCGGACAGUGCCGGGAUGAGUGGGAAGCGGAACCGCUGAGCCGGUCCCAAGACCCUGGCCCAGACAGGGAGACUGAGGGCCCACAGGGAUUGCGAUACAGCAUGGAUGAACUUGGUCAUUUUGAGACGUCUUACAACAGCCAGGAUCUGGACAUGGGGGACUUGCGUGGUUUGUCAAACUCUCCUGCAAGAGAGGAGGAUGCUGUCGGCUUCAGAGCCAUGCAGACUCAUCUGCCUGGUGAUUUUGGUGUGAUGGAGGAGAGCAGUGGGCGCACACACGCGUCCAGCUUCCAAAAAGGGAGGAGAAGCACACUCAGGUCUCAUGGACGGUCACCAGCAGAACUUUCGUGCGGCAACGCUAGUUCGGCAGAUCUGAACUACUUGCUGAUCAACGAGGAUGGCUGCUUGGAGAACACGAGCACCAUGUACCAGCACGGUGACGAAGACGGGCAGAGAGAGCAUGGACUCCUCCCUAGCAGUUCAUCGCUGGUCCAUCCUGAACACGAACAGAUGUAUGCAGGAGACCCCUACAGCCACGCGGCGUUGCCGUCGACUGACGGUGUGGCUGAGCACGGCGGCGAAGCGAGGCUGCACACUUGCAGCCAAUGUCUAAUCAGUUUCCCCGAUGCCAGGUCCCUCAAGUCCCACAUGCAGUCCCACCGAGCAGCAUCCUCUAGCCGCUACUCAUGCAACCAGUGUGGGAAAACGUUCACCCAGGCCUGCAACCUUAAAGUCCAUCAGCGCAUCCACCAGGGGGAAGGCCUCCACCUGUGCAGCCACUGUGGCAAAGGGUUCCCAUCGUCUGGCGACCUCCAGAAGCACCAGUGCAGCCAUGCCGUGGACAAGCCGUACUGCUGCUCUCUGUGCGGCAACAAGUUCAGCCGCCUGUGGAAUCUGAAGCUGCAUCAGCGGAUCCACACGCAGGAGAAGCCACACAGUUGCACUCUGUGUGAUAAAAGUUUCACCCGAGCGGACAUACUGAAGGUCCACUACCGGACGCACACGGGAGAGCGCCCAUACUCCUGCACGGUAUGUGGCCUCAGCUUCAAACGGCUGGACCAUCUGAAAUCACACCAGCGCAAACACAGGCCUGAUUUCCAUUCAGAUUUAAGUGAACUUAGCCCAAGAUAUAUCAUUGUGAAGGCUUCAAUUGGAAGUGCGCAGUCUGUAACACGAAAUAUGUCAGAGACUAUCAUCGUCAGUUUUCAGACCCAGCUGUCUAAUGUCUUGGAGACUAUUUUGAAGUCUGCCAUGUACGAGAUCACCAGGUUGGUCGAGGACAGCCUUUUGGAGGAAGUGGGCCGUGGAAAGCAAGAAGUGGAGCUGUUACGGCUCAGGCUACAGCAGUCUGAGCUAAAACUUAAGGAGAAAGAAUGGGAGACAAGCCGGAGAGGGAGAUGUGCCGACUGUGGAAGGACCCCCAUCUCUAAUGAGUCAAUACCUGGUGGAGGGGAAGGCCUUGCUAUAAAGCAGGAGGGUGUAAAGUGGAGCAGCUGUGACCGGGAAGAGGCACAAGAGGAAAUCCUUUCUCCGGCUUCAGAAAGGGAAUUCAAGGUCAUAGAACUGGAUGGUGUUCAACCUUCGGACAUAGUGAAGAAAGAGAUCCUCACGGACUCAGCAGACUCCCAGGACAUUGGGUCGCGACUAACCCAUCGUUUCUCAGGAGACAGGCAAACACCCCAGAAAGACACUUCAGGUGUACAGAGUGACUGUAAGCGCUCUGAGGCAGUAGCCAAGCAGGUGGAAAUGAAACAUCCCAAAGGCGGCAUGAGCAAUCAAGGAUCAAAGGACCAAGCAUCCUCUAGGUGUCAUUCCAUGAGAACACAACCAGGACCUGAGCUCCUAACAAAAGACCAAACCAAACCUCCAUCAUCUCAACUCCGGGCAGGCACCAACACCUCCACGACCUCCACAGAGCCUGUUAACGUGCGGCAUCACGCCGGGCCCUCUGACUCCCUGCUGGCCAAACAGACGAUGGUUGUUGGGUAUCCCCAGUGGAGGGGAAGCGCGGAGGAGGAGGCACCUCGAGACAACGGGGUGCGUAACCCUCCCAAAGUAAACAGGCCAAGGGCUCCCAUCGCGCCUCAGACGUCACCGAGCCGUCGUCAAAUAGACCAGGUAAUGGGGGUUCCCCAGCCCCAGCGGCACAGAACCGACGGUGGCUUGGCCACUCAACCCGUGGUUCACCACGAGCCGGUCAGAAAGCAAAGUCUAGGUCUCGCUCAGCCAGAAGUGGUAGCCGCUUCAAACCUGGCUGCUGCUGCUGAGGGGGACAGGAGCGCCGCCGCCUCGCUCUACAAGAGCGCCACCACGAGGCCCGCGCAGCUCCACCAUCACCAGCGGGCUUUCGCCAGUGGAGGAAGGCGAAUCGGCGCCCUCCACUUGAGCCGCGGCUACGCACAGAUGGCGAACAUCAAAACACACCUGAGCCACCACCACCACGCGUCAAAAUCGCCACACAGCUGCAACACCUGUGGGAAAGGGUUCUCCCACCUGUGUCACUUGCGAGCCCACCAGCAGACGCACACAGGCGAGAGGCCCUUCUGUUGUGCCCUGUGUGGCAGGAGCUUCACCAAGCUGAGCAACCUGAAGGCACACUGCAGGGUGCACACCGGGGAGAGACCUUACAUAUGCUCGGACUGUGGCAAGCGGUUCACGCAGAAGUGCAACCUCAAAAGGCACCAGAGAAUCCACACUGCUCACUUGUGACCGUUGUUGCAGUAGGCCCCUGUACAGUACAGUUGCCACCUGCCUGGUGCUUGUUUUGGACACUAAUAUGGGUUGGAAAGGAACAGAUUGAAAGGAAAUCUGAUUAUCAUGAUCUUAUAUACUUUUUUAUAUGGAAACCGGUUUCUUUCAUUACCUCUACCUCUAUAUGUUAAUGUUUAUUGAAUGUUAAGUGGUAUUUAAACUGAGCCCCAGAAAAAAUAUUUCAUAUUAUGAGUUAGAUGUUUUUGUUCAUACAUUUGAUUCUAAUGUUAUCUUAACAGGCACUGUGGUGUAUUGGGUGAGUGGUGAACAGUGGUAAAGCAAUAAAUGCAAACUGUUUUCAAAACGCAAAUGUACAUUUUCAUCUUGGUUUUUUUCAAUACAUGUGUAUAGUAUUUAUCUUUUUCGCAGUCCUUUCCAAAGAAUUAAAUGUGAUGUAAUGUAAAUUAAUUAUGUUUUUCUUUAGAUUAAAUUGAACCUUAACUAGA